UGCAAAAUUCUUAUCUGGUCACGCUUCUGUUGCCUCAACUCGAGCAUCGUUUGGAGGCGCGUAAUUUUCCCCGAAAUCAAGCACUUGCUACGAGACAGCUUGGUGCCGAAUUAUCUGUCCCAUUUGCUUGCGGAGGAAGCUGUGCGCAAGAUCUAAGGAGGCAGGUCCCAGGAACUCCAAACCAAAACGGCGUGUCAACAAGUGUGGACGUGUGUGCGUGUGUGUGUCUAUUAGCCUACUUGACUAGCUUACAAGUGGUAAAAAUGUAACCCUUGCCAAUUAUUUCCAAGGUACACGCAACAGGUGGCAAUCGACCCAAUUUUGUAUUUUUCUUCCUCACCUCUCUCUCUGUCACUGUCUCGGUGUACCACGAGCUAUUUAAUUGCCACCGGAGAUAACGCAGCUUUUGCCUGGGAGCCUGGGUGUCCUUGAGUUCGCGGACCCUCGACCUUUCAAAUCGAUUAGAAUUGGAUACUAAUGAACCGUUCAAUUCAAAAUUCAGAUCAAAGCUGAGUCAAGCUUUCAGCGAGGAACUCUUUCCAGCCGCAUUAUUUACCAAUAUUUGGUCGAAAACUUUCUGUGGCUUCAUACGACCCGACGCAAAUAGCGAGUUAUUUAUUACUCGUCAGUCAAUCCAAAGUUUCCCGAGUACCCUCUCGACGGGAGCAGGUUCGGAGUGGAAGGAAAGAGCGGGAAUAUUGGAAAAAGUGAACGCCGUUCGAAAUGAACGAUUGAUAUUAACUUAAUUGGGUGAAAGGAACAAAACCGCAACGCGUAGCAGGCUGGGGGAAACCGAACAGCAAAUUUGUCGCCACGUAUUGACUUCAGUGAAUUCAAGGGGCUUUUUAGGAAAGGAGCACUGUCAUCGUGCGGGAGUAGGUAGCAACAUGGCAUCGAUAGAUUACGAUUACCUAAUCAAAUUUCUGGCCGUCGGCGAUUCGGGCGUCGGCAAGACGAGCUUCCUCUACCAGUACACCGAUGGAGUGUUCAACACCAAGUUCAUCUCGACGGUUGGCAUCGAUUUCCGCGAGAAGCGAGUGCUGUACACAUCGAGUGGCAUCAACCACCGGGUACAUCUGCAGCUGUGGGACACGGCCGGCCAGGAACGCUUCCGCAGCCUAACGACGGCCUUCUACCGGGACUCGAUGGGUUUCAUUCUGAUAUUCGACAUCACCAGCGAGCAGAGCUUCCUGGACGUGCAGGACUGGAUGGAGCAGCUGAAGCAGCACGCGUACUGCGAGGACCCGGACAUAGUGCUGUGCGGGAACAAAGCGGACCUGGACCACAAGCGAGUGAUCAGCGAAACGAGGGCCAAAAGCCUGGCCGACAAGUACCACAUCGAGUACAUCGAGACGAGUGCGUUCACGGGUCACAACGUGAAGGCGGCCAUCGAGCUGCUGCUGGACAAGGUGAUGAAGCGCAUCGAGACGAUUGUGGCGAGCUCGAGUCUCCAGGCCCGGAGGGGCAUGCCGAAGCUGUUCGUCGACACGAAGAAUGCACCGAUCAGGCUGAACGCCGCCGAGGAGGACGAGGUGCGCUCGGCGGGGUGUAAGUGUUGAAACGCGCGGGGGGACUUUUUGUAUUUUUGUUUGGAUUUUGAGCCCGAAUCAGCGAACCAUUUUGAAGCGAACAUUUUUAUACCAGUUGAUAGCCGGAGCGAGUUGGUACUUGUUACGAGCGAAUUUGUCGAUCUGUUUGGACCACAAGUUGCGACCCACCAAACUUGUGCAUUUAAGGUUAGAAUUUUAUCAUCCAAUUGCGAACAUUUGUCGUACAAAUGAAUUGUGAAUAAGACAAUAUUUAUUGAAUCAGAGCAGUAUUGAAUGUUGACAUAAAAGUUGAUGUAUUGAAAUGUU